AUGAGAAAAGAUCUAACAACAACACAAAGAAAUCAAGUGGUGCAAUUCAUCCUUCAAGGCAGCAUCAAUGGAAAGGCGCAAUAUGGCAGAUUAGAGGAAGCUCGGCAGAAAUUCUGUACCUCUCGUUCCACUAUUGCUCGGCUGUGGAGGUCUGCAAAACAGCAACAUGAAGAAGGCGAAGUUAUCAACAGUGUAAGUCGAAAGAUUACUACAAAGCGUAGAACUAAAGUUCACCUAGAUUUGAGUAUUCUUUCAAAUCUGGAAUACACCAAACGAGGCACAAUUAGGAGGCUUGCAGUUGGUUUAGAAAUCAGUAGGAGCACCAUAGGAUUCUUAAAAAAAAUCAAAUUCAGAGAUAUGCAUAACACCGUUCAUAUAGACGAGAAGUGGUUCUACAUUACUCGAGGUUCACACAGGCCAUUGAUAGCAGAUGAUGGCACAGUUUUAUUUGAUGGUAAAAUAGGCAUAUUUCCAUUCACCAUCCAAGUUCCAGCUAAGAGAAACAGUAGAAACAGACAAGCCGGCACCCUAGAGACUAAGGCAAUCGAGUCAAUCACAAAUGAAGUGAUCAAAGAUUGUUUAAUCAACAAGAUCAUACCAGCAAUAAUGGCUAAGUGGCCAGAGGGAGCUAGCAAAGAUAUAUUCAUUCAACAAGAUAAUGCAAGGCCUCACAUACUAGAUAGUGAUCCAGAUUUCAGAAAAGCAGCUAGUCAAAGAGGCUUCAACAUUAGACUCACACAACAACCACCAAACAGCCCAGAUUGUAACGUAAAUGACUUGGGAUGGUUCCGAGCCAUUCAAUCGUUACAACAUGAGACUGCGUGCAAAACAGUAGAUGAACUACUGCAAGCAGUUGUGGAUUCUUUUGAGAAGCUAUCACCUCAUACCCUUAAUAAUGUUUUCCUUAGUUUACAGGGAUGCAUGAUGGAGAUCAUGAAGUUUAAGGGACAUAAUUGUUACAAGAUUCCACACAUGGGAAAAGAAGCACUUAGAAGGUCAAACCAACUGCCACAGAACUUGGAAGUCCCAGUGGAGUUAAUUCAAGGGUGCAUAGACUACCUAAAUGAGAUGGGCAGCCAAGAUGGAAUCACAGAGAUAGUGCAAAGCCUUGGUUUAGAUGAGAUUGAAGGAUACUGA